AAGGUGUGGCAGUCCUGAUCACACGUUCAGAUGGAAAUUUAGUGCAAUAAAUUUCAUUGUAGGCUAAGUUUUAACAGUUUAAAAUUUUAAGAAACGAAAAUUUAAAACUGCUAGCCAAUUUAUAGUAAAUAAAUAAAUUCUGUAAAACCGACGCUGAACAUUUAUGUCCGCCAGUUAGCAGUUAGGGCUUUAUUUGUAUUAAAUUCGUUUCUCGGAGGUAUGAUUUAUUUUAAUAAUGAUAUGUCAAUGUCUGUAUAGGCCUUAAGUUUUCAGAACAUAUGACUAAUUUUAAUUAACUAGUACUUUAACUAGUAUAGUAAUGUCUGCAUUCCACGUUUAAAUUAAUAAAAUUUAGAUUCUAGAAUCUAGUUUAAGUCGUGAAAUGUAGUAGUAGUAGUAGUCAGUGACUGAGUGAGUAGUGUGUAGCCUAGGCCUAGCAGCCUACCACAUACUUCACAUAGUAGCAGUGUUUGACUUUGUUUUUGUAGCAGUCUGAGUGUCAUUAUAUAAGUACUAGUACGCCUAAAAAAACCCACUAAACUGCCCAAAGUAGGGCCUGCACUAUAAACUGCAGUGAAGAAAUUCAUACCACAAAAAUCACCAAACCUAGGAUAAAUCAGCCAUGGGUCACGGCUGAAAUCCGUAGGCUCAUCCACAGGAGAGACUGCCAAUACAAACGUAUGAGUAUGAAGAAAAAUGGCUCGAUUGAACUGAGAGAGGAGGUACUGAGACUCCGCCAAACCAUUCAACGCUUAUUGCGUUGAUCGUAUUGGAACUACAUGAACGGCAUCUUCUCAGAGGAAGACACCCCGACCAAAGAUGUCAAGAACAAGCGCUUCUGGAGCUAUGUGAAGCACCAAAAGUCCUCAAACGCUGGAGUUUCCCCUUUGAGGGGGGAUGGCCAAUUGACAUCUGAACCAAAAGCACAGGCGGGGAUACUCAAUCAGCAGUUCCAGUCGGUCUUUGGUGACAAUAGAGAGUACUCUGAGACUGAGUUCCUUCUGAAGACCAAAAUGAUGAACAGAGCCUACCCUGUCAUGGGAGAUAUCCAGAUAUCAGAACAAGGUGUGUUUGCCCUCCUCAAUACCAUUAACCCUUACAAAGCAUGUGGUCCUGACAACAUCAAACCACGAGUGCUCAAAGAAUUAGCCAAAGAAAUCGCACCUGCACUGACAAUCAUCUUCCAAUCGUCACUAUGCACAGGAAAUGUUCCAGCAGACUGGAGAACAGCGCAUGUCGCUCUAAUUUACAAGAAAGGGGAGCUUUCUGACCCUGCCAACUAUCGUCCGAUAUCCCUCACCAGCGUGGUCUGCAAACUGUCGGAGCACAUAAUCGUAAGCACAAUCAUGAAGCAUCUUGAAAGCCAAAAUAUACUCAAUGACUCAACAUGGCUUCCGAGUCAAUAGAUCAUGUAAGACCCAGCUUCUCGAAUUUGUAGAAGACCUGAUGACCAAUCUGGAGAACCACAAGCAGACUGACGUACUAGUAAUGGACUUUGCAAAAGCAUUUGACCGUGUGAAUCAUAGUUUGCUUCUACACAAACUCCAGAGAUAUGGGAUUCAAUGCACCACUAAAACAGGGAUCUCUAGCUUCCUCAGCCACAGACGCCAAGCAGUAGUGGUGGGCGGUACAAGCUCCUCCUUUGUCGAUGUGAAGUCAGGGGUCCCCCAGGGAUCAGUCCUGGGCCCCUGUUUGCUCCUAGCGUACAUUAAUGACCUAUCCAAGAAACUGACAUCACAGGCAAGACUGUUCGCAGAUGACACAGCAGUGUAUAGGACGAUCGCCAACAACAGGAUCUCAAUCUGUUAGCUGAGUGGGAGAUGAGCUGGAACAUGGAAUUUCACCCUGCCAAGUGCCAGACACUAUCAGUCUCUAGAAGUUGUACUCCUCUACACUACCAAUACGAACUGCAUGGCCAUAUACUUGAGCAAGUUUCCUCCGUAAAGUACCUGGGUGUUACCAUUCAAAGAGAGGUCCGCUGGGACGAGCAUAUUAACAAUGUAUGUAACCAAGCAAACCAAGCCUUGGGGUUCUUAAGGCGAAAUCUAAAGAUUGGCAACUCCUGUGUGAAAGAAAGAGCAUAUAAAGCCUUUAUCCGUCCGAUUUUAGAUUAUGCAUCUUCAGUCUGGGACCCAUUUACCCAGAAGAGCAUUGACAAGUUGGAGGCGGUCCAGCGACGAGCAGCACGCUUUGUCCUAAACCGCUACAGCAUGCUAGAAACACUAGGCUGGUCACCAUUGGAGAAACGACGACGACAAUCAAGGCUCUCCAUGAUGUACAAGAUAAAUAAUGGGCUGGUCCACUGUUCCAGUAUUAAACAGAAACUCGUCCCUCUCCCCCAUAGACAGCGACGAGGCCAUGACAGGCAAUUCAGGCUCAUACCAGCAAAGGUUCUUAAGGCGAAAUCUAAAGAUUGGCAACUCCUGUGUGAAAGAAAGAGCAUAUAAAGCCUUUAUCCGUCCGAUUUUAGAUUAUGCAUCUUCAGUCUGGGACCCAUUUACCCAGAAGAGCAUUGACAAGUUGGAGGCGGUCCAGCGACGAGCAGCACGCUUUGUCCUAAACCGCUACAGCAUGCUAGAAACACUAGGCUGGUCACCAUUGGAGAAACGACGACGACAAUCAAGGCUCUCCAUGAUGUACAAGAUAAAUAAUGGGCUGGUCCACUGUUCCAGUAUUAAACAGAAACUCGUCCCUCUCCCCCAUAGACAGCGACGAGGCCAUGACAGGCAAUUCAGGCUCAUACCAGCAAGAAGCCAGUAUAGGAGCUACUCAUUCCUGCCCAAAACAAUCAGGGACUGGAACAAUCUUUCAAAAGGAACGGUUGAGGCGACAACACUAGACACAUUUGUGUCUAUUGCCUCAAGCCUUCAAAGCCCUACUGCAUGAUUUCCUCAUCAACACCAGUAACAGAAACAUUGCAAAUCCCAUCUACAUGCAUAGGAGCCAAAAUGAUCAAUAAAUUGAUCGUGGGCCCUUAAGAUAUAGAAGAGAAGAAGAAGUGUAGCCUAUAGUAUAAUAGUAUUAGAAUUAUAGUUAGUUUAAUUAAUAAUUAGGUUUAACCUAUGACUAGACUAUGUCCUAUUGUAUGUUGAAAAUAUUAAGUUGCUAAGUUAAUUCACAAGGAAGAUAAUCAAAUAAGCAUCUGCAUAGGCAACCAUCAAAGUUAGUUCAACGUUUAUUUCAUAAGAACAACAUAGAGCACUACCAAUACAAACAUGGAGCACGACAAGACAGCAUAAAACUGAAAACAUGAUGUCACUACACAACAAACAACAACAUUGCCAAUGUGGUGUGCAAAACAAUGCUAAUAAUAUUCAGUAAUUUGUCAUUUUCCAACAUUGCAAUCAUACAAUUUACAAAUCAAAGUGUCUACAUGUCCAGCGCGGGCUUCGGACAAAUAGUGCUGGAGAUAUACGUCGGCGGGCAUGUCACGAGACAGCCGGACGACAAGUGGGAGAAAUUCUUCCAGCGGGCACAUGACCGACCCACCGGACGACUAGUGGAAGAUAUUAUUUUGGGGGUAGCAUGUCAUGUAACAAGUGGUCGCCAGCAAAGUAGUUGCAUCGCAUUGAUAUUCCAAUAUUGUGUACAUUUAUUGGCUGAUCCCUAUAUAAUAAAUAAAUUGAUUGAUUGGAUAUUUAUGUUGUGCUGGUAUCCAUGCCACUUUAGCAUGCUCACUGUCCUCUGGUUUUCUAGAAUGCAUUAUUGCUUAACCCCCCCUUUGUUUUGGUAAUAUGCCUAACUAUUUUGUUCUAUUAUUUGUUUGCAAGAUACUUAGUAAAUUACUUGGUAGAGAAAUUUAAAAAAUUGAUUUUAAAAUUAACAAUAGUUUUGAAUCAUUCGCGGUCAAGUGACAAGGCUGACAGACAAAUAUCUCGAGCCACUUUGUUACGGGGGUCAUGUGACUUGGUCACCGGACUAAUAUCUCGAUUAAGUAUUCUUGUGGCGGUCAUGUGACUUGGUCGCCGGACAGAUAGUGCCGGAGAUAUACGUCCGGCACGCAGGACAUGUAGACACUGCCUUUACAAGUUGUUACGCACUGGCUUCUAAUAUGAGAAAUUAAUCUCCUAUUUUAAUUUUAUUUGGCUCGUUGUAAACAGUGCCUAACAAAGGACAAUACCAUAGAGUCAACAAUAUUAAAGAUAAGACACCCAAAACAGUUUCUAGUUACAAUUAAUAAGAUUUAAUAAGUAUUUAUGUCAUCACAAAAGAAAAGAAAUAUCAUUACAAAUCAUCAACUUACAGUAUGGUAGAUCUUGUACCAGCACACAGUUAGAAUAAUGUGCCAAUGAAUAAUGAUGAAAUGCGAAAUAAACACAUACAUAAGAACAAAAAGAAUAAUACACGCCUCGUAAAGUUAAUAAUAUCUAUCUGAAUCUCCGUCUCUCCGUCUGUGCCUGUCAAUCCCUUAUAUAGGUGGCGUAAGCCCUGCCUUCCAGAAAGACUUAUGACGUGUUGUUUACAUAUCUCGGGUUAUCGAGCACAUUCGAGAAAAUACCAAGAAGACAGUCUAACAUGUUUAAUUGGUAAACACGAUUGUAAACAAGCUACAUCAAAAGAAUAGGCCACGCCCACAACAGACGUUACUGUCUGCUAGGAUUCUAAUUGAGGUCAAGUAAAAUUCAAGCACAUGGACUGUAUGCUACAUAACACAAAUAUAAUGAUGUUAUUAUUAAGAAAACAUUCAUUUUUUAAUAAUAAGAUAAAAGUCAUAGUUCAUUCAAUUUUUGGUAAAUUUAUGCUAUCAGCACCAUGACGUUUCCUUGGCCGCCACCAUGGUUACCAUGACUCAUUAGGCAACCAAGGGGGCGGCCGUGUAAAAAAACAUAUGUCUGGUAACAUUGGAAGGGCAAAGGGAGAUAAUAUGCUUGUUUAGCUAUUUACCAAGAGAAACACAAAAGUGUUAAAAUUUAAUGGAAAAAAUUCUGCCUAUACCGGUAUAUAAAUUUUCGGUGAACUAAGUUACUUUAUUGUAUCUAUCUAGAUAUUCUGUAAGAAGUCUCAAUGUCCUGCAGUCACCCUCUCCCCUGACGUAAUUUCAGCCGAUACAUGCUUGUUUCCCUCAACCAACACACGUAAGCGGCUACAUUUACACACUGUGGUAAAAAAAUUGUAAGAAAAUUGUAAAAAGGAAGAAAAACAAUGCAAAAUAAAUUUAAAAUAAAGAAAACCCAACUUGCAGUUUCAUAGAAUACACCUUUACACACUUUAUUUCAGGAUCCACCAAAAAGAAAAUCUAAAAGUUGUCAAAAAAAAAACAAUGCAAUACAAUAUUUGAACCCAUUUUCCAAAAUGCCACAAAAUUUAAAUAUUAUAAUUAACCACCCAAUGAGAUUAUAAUUAAAGUAUUAAAAUUAAAAUAUAUUUUAAGUUAUUACAAUGAUUUUUUUGCACAUACAUAAUAUAUACAAAUUGUUUCUAAGCCUGUGAUAAAGAAAAGAACCACAUGACUAAUCAUGGUAAUGCAGUGAGAAAAUAUCCAAACUAAAAUUUUCAGAAAUUAAUUACAUGAUCAUAUUUUGAGCUAUUGAAAUAUUCACAGCUCAGGAAAAGUGUGUACUGCAUUUUGGUGUCCGUGUCAUCUUUUAACACUGACGUGGGGGGAGGGGGUGUUUAGGGUUAGGGGGAUGAGAAUUAAAGUAUGGCAUAUAAUUAAAAAACUAGCUUGGUGUUAAUUUGAUAAAAUGCCAUAAAAAUAUCCAAUCUAAGAGGCAUCUUGAGUGAUAACAUAAAGUGUGGCUUUUUUUCCCAAUGUAACAUAUGUGAAACAUUUAACUUUCAAACUUAAUUAGCAGUAUGUUCUUUUUAUUUAUUUGCUGAAAAAUUACAAAAUAAAUUUUCUUUGUUAAUCACAUGUUUAAAACAUAUGAAUUAUGUUGUUUUCCUAUUGAUUGUAGGUAUUUUACAUUGUAUUUGUAAAGGUACUGAACUUCUUAUUAUUCAAGUGGGUAGUAAUAUUGGGGAAAAUAUUGUAUGCUCAUCUCCAUGUUGACAAUAUGGAAUGGGUCAUGCUUAUCCCAGACCAGUGGACCAUUCUGUGUCUGUGGAUAUGCUGUGCUGCACAUUGAGGUCAGGGGAUGAGUAGUACAACAGGUCGUGGAUAAAUAACAGGAAUAAGGCAUGCAUUCACUUAAUUCAGAUGAUGAAAAUUUUGAAAGUGCAGAGUUGUAUCAAGUUGCAUGUGCAGCAUUAGUUUAACUUAAUCUUUUUUUUCCUUUCCAGCUUUGCUAAAAUUAACUAUGUCAAAAAGAGAAAGUGAAUCAGAUUUUGAAGGUGAGUUCAAGUAAUAAUAAUGUUUUGGAAUAGGCAACAAAACAAAAGAGGAUAUAUAAAUAGGCCUAUAAUAAGGUUUUAAACAUUAAAAUCCCCUUCUCAUUCCCACAAUUUCUACAUGUGAUUGUUGUAUUUAUUCAUCAAAUUUUUAUUGCACAAAUUAUUUGAAAGGAUCAUUAUGUAUCUGAUACAGGCUCUGCAUCUAAACUGAUGAAAAUGGAUGACCACGAGGAUGGAGGAACUUCAGGGCGAUCGGGAAGGGUAAGUUUUUAAAAAGCAAAGUGGGACGUUUGUUUAUUAUCAAUAAACAAGUGGUACAUUAUUAUUCUCUUGUGAUAAACCAGUAAUGAAAACUAUUCACUUCUUCAAAAAAAAUUCAUAGGUGCGGAAAAAGUCAGCAAAAGUGUUGGAAAUGGAAGAAUUUGAGCAGGUGGAGAAGACCCAGCAGGUGACCAAAAAAACCAAAACUCCCAAACCAUCACAACCAGACGAGUCUGAAGUAGGAUUCAGUGAAAAAGUGAAGUCGGCUAAAAAAAUAAAAUUGCCCAAAGUACCGAAUUCAGAAGUGACACCAGUAACUACCAAGAAGAUGAAAACAACUAUACCAGCCGUCAAACCAGUCCAACAUUUGACUCCCAUGCACACUAAUGACCAAUUAAAAACUCAGGUAUUUGACUUGAUUUUAAAGGUAUCUCUUUUUAUUUUCAUUUUUAAAAAAAAAAAUUUUUAAACCACAUUUCUAUACACUUGACAUGGGUAAUUGUAUGUUGGUAAUUAUAAAUAUAUUUUUCUGGAUCACCCAAUGGUCCAAAUAUGUGUAAUGAAAUUUUGGAUCGGGAGCAAAGUUAAGAUUGAAACAUAACUUCCUUCUAGAUGUGAUUUAAAAACUGCUGCAGUUGUUUAAAGCAGUUCAUUCAGUUAGAGAUAGCAUUACAAAAUUCUUCUUUUGUUGAAUCAUGCUGUCAUUUAAUUGUUAUUGUUUAAAUGUAAAUGGUAAAUGAAUGUAAUAAAAUAAUUUUCUGUGCACGAUUAUAGACUGUGUUGCCAUUCAAAUAAAAUGUUUUGAUGUCUUGUUCAAGUCCAAUUUUCACAACCUAUAAAAGGCACUAGUUUGUUUUGAUCAUUUGUGUCUACUUCUGUCAAUCAGACUGUAAUGACCCCCACUGAUCUUCUGGCAUUAACCAUCAAACAAGAGUCAGAGUUGGACCUAGUACACCACCAGCCGACAAAUGUCAACACGGACGACCACAAGAGUGUUAUCAAAUAUUUGCUCAGUUCCCCUACAUCAACAGCCAAAAUGUCAGCCAGCACAAGCAUUCUAACAAAGCUAUCUUCACCGCCGAUUGAUGGCUUGGACACAGUGACCCCAGUUAAAAAGGUGGUCAAGAAGAUCAAACCAGAGAAAACCAAAGAGAAAACUGGUGUCAAAGUUAAGAAGGAAAAAAUAGAGGAAGCUUCAUCCCCUCCAGGGUUGGAUCCUCCACAGGGUCUCAAGAUGAAAAUUUUUUCAAGCAGUGAUCCUCUGUCUGCACAAGUAGCCCUGACAGGCCAACCAAAGCCGAAAAAGCCUGGGAAGAAGAAAAAACAAGCGCUGGCAGAUCAAAGCAUCUCAGGGGAAUCUCAGAUCCUAGCAAGCGAAUUGCAAAUUCUGAACGAACUUUCUCCACUUUCUCCUCCCGCCAAGAAGACCCCAAAGAAGGCUUCCAAGAAAAAGGAGAAGCUCAUUCAGGAAGCAAUCUCUGCGGCUCAACAAAUGCCUAAUGUGGUAGCUUUAGGUAAUGGUUUAAUAGUUAAAAUACCUAAAACCCUUUAUGUUUUUAAAUAAAGAUUCAUUUUCAUAAUUUUAAGAGACAUACUAUUUUAAGGGUGACAUGAUAGAAGUGUCUACUCUCCCUGUAUAUAUUUGCCCUUGCGGCCCGGAAAGUAGGAAAACGUUGGUUUAUCGCAAGAGAUGCGACGGUACUAUUUGAUGGGGGCAUGAUUUGGUGUGCACACCAAACUCCUUAUUUAGUUGGAGGAAGGUGGCGGUCUAGGAAUGGAGGUUUCGUCUUCAGCAAAGAAAUAUAAUUUUUGUUUGGGUGGUGAGCCUGGAACCACCUGAGAUGGCUGUGGUGUUUCAGCAAUUCUAAGCUCUCCUCAAGUAGUUUUAAGGUUUUGUUAGAGGUAGUUAAAUAUACAGGGCCAAAUAAAAUGUUAAGAUAUCAGGUUUAUCAUUAGAGGUAAACAAAAUAAUGCAAAGAAAUGUUUAUUUUAUUACUUGUUCUUACCUUUACUUUGCAUCACGACAUUAACAAUGGUGCAUUUAAUUAACUAAUUUUUUUUUAAUUAAUCUUUUUCUUCAAAAUUGAAUUAUUCAUGAUGGAAUUUAUUUUUGUAUUAUAUUACAUUACGCACAUUUUUGCUCCAAUAUUUAAGUAUGCCAUUUUUAUUAUUUUUAUUUUAUCAUUCAGUUGCUGGACAAAAUGUAGCUGGAGCAGUUCAAGGAACUCUUGACACUCCCACAGUUAAAGUAGCAAAAAAGAAAAAGAUUAAAAUCAAAACAAAGACUAUUUCCACAUUGUAAGUACUUUAGUCACGGAAGCUACGGGAUCUAUAUCUACUUCUUCUUUACAGUAAUAGUGUCACUGUUGUGAAUCUUUGUUAAUUUUUGUUUCUGUGCACAGAAUAUAAGACCUUAUUAAGUUAAUCAGUAUUCACAGGUUUUUUAAAAUCCUUUAUGUUAACUUCCCUCUUGUAUGUGUUUUUCUUGCUGGAAAAAUCUUCUGAUGGCUAACUGACCCACUUCUCGUACUUAUCAAGCCGAAACUUGGCACAUAGACUCAUUGUCGAUGACAAUACAUUCUAUCAAAUUUUCAGCCCAACCCCGAAGAAUCAGUUUUUCCUGUUUUUUUUAAAGAAAAUGAAGGGAGUAUGAUGCCUCCGAUUUCAGGAAAUAAAAUUCCAAAUGACUGUGCUAAAUGAGAUUCUUUUUUUUUUUUUUUUAUGUGCAUGUGUGUUUGGCGUGUAAUAUUUUUUUUUGUGGGUGGGACAUUGGAAUAUUAAUAUAAAAUUAAAUUAUAAAUUUAAAUGAUUUUUAUGAAAAAUUUUUGUUUUUAGGGGUUGUUUAAUUUACAAUUAUUACCGAACUUCAAAAAUUUCAGGAAAUAAAAUUCCAAAUGACUUUGCUAAAUGAGAUUUUUUUUUUUUUUUUUUUAUGUGCAUGUGUGUUUGGCGUGUAAUAUUUUCUUUUGUGGGUGGGACAUUGGAAUAUUAAUAUAAAAUUAAAUUAUAAAUUUAAAUGAUUUUUAUGAAAAAUCUUUGUUUUUAGGGGUUGUUUAAUUUACAAUUAUUACCGAACUUCACAAAGGUGCCAUUGAUAUUAAUAUUAUGUUAUUAAAAUUAUCCAUUUAAAUUUUUAUGAUGAACUUCUUAAAAGUAAAGGACAGUAAAGUAUUAGGCCCAGUUGCAGUGUGUCAUCAUCUUCUUUUAACAAUGUCUACAGAGAUUCUAGCACUGGGUUGGAUCAGUCGGAUUUAAUGGAAGACGGUGAUGAUGAUGAUGAUGAAAUGAACCUAGUCAUCUCUGAGACAGAGAACAGGAAGAAAAAACCACACGGCAAAAAGAAGGGUAUGCUCGAUGAAGUCAGAACAAAGUGAAAACUAUGGCCACGGGACAAAAGAUAGAGAUUCCAAAACUCUUGCGUGACAUAAUAUUGAAGACGAUUAAUACAAUAAUUAAUGAGCAGUUACAGUGUUUAAAAUUUUAUUUCUAAGCUCUCUUUUUUAUUUCUAUUUACACAUGCAUAUAUUUAUAUUAAUUUAUUUGAUAAUGUGAAGUGUUGUAGGUGAAAUGCAGAAAAUAAAUGAGAAAUAAAUCAUUCCAAUAAAUGAUCACCCAAAUGUUAAACCUGCUCAGACAGAUUAGGAAAUCUUGCAUAAAAUUGCAUUUGGACCGGGGGAAUUUCAUUAUUUUUUCGCUAUACUUAAGCACACAAAAUAUAACUUUGCAUGAAUGGGAAGUGUUGAAUUUAACCAUAAAAGAACACAAUAAAUAAGCAUAAUUUUCUUAUUACAAUAGAAGCAGGCGGUAUGAAGAAGAGAAAAAUCACAUCGCUAAAUUUGGAACUCUAUUAAAUUCAUGAUAAUUGUUGGAUGUAAAUGGAGUAUUGAAACAAGAUUGAAUUGAGAUAGUUAAAAUAAUGUCAUCUCUAAUGUACUUAGCUAGCUUGAUAAAACCUGGAAAGCCUUUAAUUUUUGUGUUAAACUCUUAAAAGUCAGUAGUUAAAAAAUUAAAAUUAUGUAAUGCCUAAAAGUCCAUCAAUCUAGCCAUUAUAUUUUUACAGGUUUAUUGACAAAAGAGAAAUCCGACUCCAUAACUCCAAAGGUAAGGAGUUCAUUAUGGCUAAAUUGCUUUUCUUUUGUUUUUAUUUCACUCAUAGGUAUCAAAUUUAUGUGUUACUGUAAUUGUUCUUCUUCUGACCACUUCUGCUGUGGAAAAUGUCAUGGGGAGGUGCAGUUGGGGAUCUGCCGAAACGUAUGAGGCCUGCUGAAGAUUAUUGGCAUGUACUUUGGGGUGUCCUUACUGUGCCACAGUCAAUCCACCGCCAGCAUGAUUUUCUUCUGCCCCUGAAGUAAUAGGGUCUGCCAUUUUAGGCUUCGAUGCAGGUUGAUUGACAGGCAUUCUGAUCAGGUGGCAAAACCAAUUAAUUUUAUGAAUGUUAAGCUUUUAAAUUUUAAACACUGCCUACAAUUCUUUUGUCUUUACAUUAAGAAAUCUUUUAAUUUUCUUGUCCAGGGGGACAAGCUGGAAUCAAAAUUCUCAAAGCGAGCCCCAACAGCCUACAUGUUAUUCUGCAACACGCACAGACCUAACAUUGUCAAUGAAAAUCCUGGAAUUGGUAAGUUGAAGCAUCUUUUACACUGUACAGAUUUGUGUCAUUGAUGUUGAUCCAUUGGAAAAAUACCCUGCAAUAUUUUAUUGCGACUAUAUCAAAACAGUAUGUUUGUGUUGAGUGGAGUUGUGAACAUUCAAAAUGAUACUUACGUAAUUGCAAAAUCAUGAGGACUCUGCAAGGUUUGAUUGAUAAUAAGAGAUUUAUAGCAAAAGCAAACACCAUCAGACCUGUUUACACUCAAACCCUUAAAAUCGUACAAUAUCAUCACAAAAUCGUUCAAUACGUUAUUGUAACGUACUAUGUUUUCACAUGAAAACAGAGAGGUAGCAUGAGUGAACAGUGAAUGGUGUUGACCAUGUUUUGUCCACGGGGACAAUGAAUUGUAUUUUUGAGAUGCAAAUGUGAGCUCCACGUUUUUGGAGAGUAAAAUUAUGUUUUUGUCAGAGCGGUUGUUUUCCACGCUUUGCUGGUAAUAAAGUAUGAGUUGACUGAGAUAAGGAGAGCUGAGCGCAAGGAGAGUCAGAGUUAGUCGGAGUUGAGUUAGAGUUGAGAUGUAGUACAGUUGAGCUGAGUUAUAGUAGUGUGAGGACGUGUCUUUCUGAGUGAUGGAAUAUUAUAUAUAUAUAUGUGAAAUGAUUACAUUCAUGCAAGGAUUAUUAUUAAUAUUAUCUGUGUAAACUGUGAUUUAAUAAAGUGCUGUCAGUUUAACCAGGAUUCAGUAUUCUUAUUUGCGUGACUGGAUAAUACGAGGAAGAACGAUGAAGUCUUAGCCGGCAUUCUGAAUUACUAACUCAAAACAAGUAACCAUGCUACUGACAUAACCCACAGCCUAAGAAAUAAGUUACAGUGAUAAUGAUGUCAGGACAUGUGUGUGUUACAGUUAUAUUUAUAGAAAAAAAACAUACAGUAUAUACAAUCUAUACACCUCAAAAUCAUACAUUGUACGCCACAAUCGUAAGAGUAAACAGGUCUGCACCACAUAAAUAAGACACAGAAUAACAAACAUAACUUUCCUUUUGGGGUGAAAUUUGUUUUUGAUUUUAAUAAAUUUGGGAGAUCUCAACAUAUGUUUUUCAUGAAUCUACCUUGCCAAUGUUUUCCAUUAUGAGAUGAAUAGAUAUUAUGAAUCAAACCAGACACGUUACCCCUUUUACCUGUUUUUACUGAUUUUAUUUAUUUAUUUAUUCUUUUAAGAAUUUGCUGCAAUAAGCCGAAAACUUGGAGAAAUGUGGCAAACAUUAUCCAAUAAGCAAAAAUUGGUGAGUUAUACAUCACUUAAGGUUUCAAAUCAGUUAUUCAAAAUUUAACAUCAUUCUUUGCAGUGGUGAAUUGAAUUAUUCUUAUUUUAAAUUAAUGAAGCUUAUAAAUUGGGUAAAACGGCCAGUUGUGAAGUCAAUAAAUUGAACUGAUAAAAUUGGUUUUAUUAGUUUAUUGAAGAUGCCAGCUUUCAUUAUUUUGAUGAAAUUAUUAGUAGUAAAUAUAUAUUCUGAACAACUUGUUGAUGCGUCUUUAAAAUAAAUGCCAUUUUGAAUUAUAUCUUUAAUGUUCUAGCAAUGGCGAAGAAAAGCUCAGAGAAGGCGGAAGAAGGGAUCUAACUUAAUUUCCACUGGCAAAGCUGGCCGGGAGUCAGGCAAUCCAACUGCACUUUUAUCCACAAGCGUCACUGCAACCCCAACAAAUAAACUCGCUGCGUUCAUUCACAAGGCCCAAAAGUCAAGCCCGGAGGAGGCACCGUUGAGUCCAACAAAAUCUGGUGACCAGGUCAGCCAAAAAAUUAAUUACGGUCUCAGUAAUAAUUUUCUUGAUUGCAGUAAAGUAACAUAAAUAUCUUGGGCAUUCUAAAAGUACAAAAAAUAUUGGAGCAAAUAUCAAACGUGGGAUUCUUUGAAAUAUACAAAUAUUUAUCAUUUUUCUUAUGACUGAAAAUAUAAAUCCUCAAUUAACAAGUUAACUUACCACUUAAAUGGGAUGAAAUGAAAAGUAACUAAUUAAAACUUAACCCAUUUUGGACUUUCAAAGCCAAGAAGACAGAUCCCAUUUCACAAGCCCUGCACUUACUUUGUAAAAAAAAUGAAUAAAACAUAAAAUAAUUAAUAAACAAAUGUUAAACUAUUUAUAUUGUUGUGGGAAUUCAGAACUUUAUGAAUCAAACAGAAAUCUCUACAUUUAUGCAAAUGAGUUAUCCUGAUUUGCAUAAUUUAUGCAUGCAGUUUGUUUUUUUACACUUAGAAUAAACAAGUCUUACAAGCAGAAUUUUGUUGAAUUUUCUGAUUGUUGAAGCCUAAAUAAGACAUAACAAACAUUUUAAUAAGAUUCAAUCGGGAAAACUGCAUAAAAUUUUCCACUGAGGGUGCUUAUGCCAUUUGCCAUAUUUUAAGGUCUUAUAUUUUUAAAACAUGGGGGGGGGGGGGGGGGGCACACAAACAAAUUGCCAUAAAUUGACAGAACACUAUAACCUAUCAAUGGAAGCCACCAAUGAAAUGGCAAGAUGACAGAGAAAUGAAAGUAACAAUCUGAUUAGCUGGUAUGAGGACCAGCCAGCCAAUCUCGAGACUUGUAUCAUUGGCACAUCUUUUUCACCAUUCGACUCUGGGCCGAUAGAUCGGCACAGCUGUCUCAAGAGGUUUAAUCUGAGAUUGAAGUUAAUUAUUUUCUACUGUAAAUUCUUUUGUUGUCAAAAAAGAAAUGGUAUUAAUUGAGACUAUUUGAUUGUAUUUAAUGAAUGGAAUACGUGAGACGUAUAAAAUGAAACAUUAAUCGUCUAUUAAACUAGAACAGGGGUUGGCAAGCUUUUUUGACAGAAGACCAAUUUUAUGAAUUGUAUUAAGAAAAAUAUUUUGUGAGCCCCAGACAGGCUUGGAUUGUUUAAAUGGCAUUAAAGAUUAGUAUUUUUUUUUUAAAUAUUAAUUUUCAAUAAUAAAAAGAGAUGCAUUUAUUAAUUGAAAGAGUUGUAUGCAGCUCCGGGGCUACAGGGUGGCAGUCACUGAACUGAUUCUGCAUUUAAAAAGCAAUGUCAACUGAGGUGGUAUUUUUAUUCAGGACUCUGAAACCUAUGCUUUUGAAAAGCUAUACCAAUAAUUGUCAUCCCUGAUUUUUUUACCCAAAAGAAUUCAUUUACAUGCUUAUACAUGCAUAUUGCUUGUAUUUUCAUCUCCAGAACUUAAGCAUUGAGCCAAUAGAUGUUGCAGCUCACCUGAAGCUGCUAGGCGAAUCUCUCAGUAUCAUUGGUAUGAGACUACAAGAGCAUAAGGUUAGGAACAUUUCUGUGAACCAAUUAUAAAUUUAUUAUUUUAUUAACCGAGGGCUGAUUAUUAACAUUAAAUUUAUUAUUUAAUUACGGAAAUUUUAAAAUGUGAUUACAUUUUUUUAUUUCAAAUUUCCCUUUAAAAAAUCUGUUAAUUAAUGAUUCUACCCAAAAAAAGACAGAAUCAUUAUUUUAUACUUGUAUUCAUGUAUUGUAUCAUUAUUUUAUGUUUAUCUUCCUAAAUUAUAUCAUUAUUUUAUGUUUAUAAUAAAAAAAAUUAUAUCAUUAUUUUAUGUUUGUUUUCAUGAAGUAUAUCACAAAUUUUUUAUCAAAAUCUCCAGGGUAUGAUAGCUGUUCAAGGCAGUCUGUCAGUUUUGUUGGACUCACUUCUUUGUGCUUGUGGGCCCCUGCUCUGUCUUACCCAACAAGUCCCAGGGAUGGAUGGCUGUUCACCUUCAGUUCAUAGUCAGACAUUGGACAGUGUUGCUUACGUUAUGCCAGGCUUAUAAGAAUUUCACUUGGACAGAGUUGCCUAUAGGCAUAAUGUGUAACAUAUUAGUUUCUAUUUUAUAUGACUAAAUGUGUACCAAAACAUUUUGGUAGUGUAAUAUUUGUUUUUAAACAAAGUUUUUUUAAAAUAAAAGUAGGAUUCUGGAUUCAAAAUAUGAUUUUAAUUUCUUUGUUGUUUCUUUAAAACAUUGGGGUGUAUGAACAUUUUUUAAUU